AUGUCUGUCGACACGGAUAUCAUCAUAAUUGGUGCUGGCAUGUCCGGUGUUGGCAUGGCCAUCCAGCUAGUGCGCAAAUUCGGUACAAGAAAUUUCGAGAUCAUUGAGAAAACCUCGGAUAUUGGAGGCACUUGGUUUUCGGCCGAAUAUGAGCCACAAACUGCAACUUGGAAAGUAAUCAUCGAGGAUCAGAGGAAAUUUCUAAUACAGAAACGCUGCAAGAUCUUGAUUUCAGCAGUCGGUGCUCUCUCAAUUCCCAAACAAUGUGAUAUACCUGGCGCCGAGAGUUUCAAGGGCCAUUUGUUCCAUUCCGCGAAAUGGGACCAUAGCUUCGACUACAAGAACAAGGAAGUUAUCUGCAUUGGUAUUGAUACUUCAUAA